CUUCCCCGGAAAGAACUCCUUUGUGGGAAACUGAAAGACACAGCGUACAAUAGUCAUUAACUCGCUAUCAUCGGUGUCUACCAAGAUGGUGGCCAGAGCGGUGGUGAGCGGAAUCGUGAUAUUCUGGCUUUCAGUGGCAAGCAGCCAAGCGGCCCUGAACCCCUCUCUCGUUGGUGGGGCCGGUUGGGCACUCUCCUUUUCAUCGGAGGAUGUCUAUUCGCAAGAACUGUCGUAUCGCACCUUGAUGUUGAAAGGAGUUUUUGCCGGGCAAGAUGGAAAUCAAAUAUAUCAAAAGGCGGCUUGGGAAUCCCCAUUGGACUUAUGGUCCGCCCUCAGUUCAUUCACUAUCGAAGCGUGGGUGAAGCCUGGCCACAACCAAGACCGAGACUGUUGUUGGACCAUUUUCGAAACGUACAAUACCGACGAUGCAACCUCUCCCCAGCUGGUCUUCAAGGUCGCCGAUAAAGGCGCAUUGUCUCUCUCGACAACUAGUUUGGCAGCGGGGGCCGAUCCCUGUGGAGGCGAACUGCGAUCUAACUCCAGCGUUUGGAGCACAUUUGGCAAUGUUCUUCCGGUACCUCCAGGGAAAACUUGGGCCCCAGCUUGGCAUCACGUUGCUGCCGUUUUUGACGCUUUCAACAAGAAGAUGACAUUAUAUGGAGACGGAAACGUACUGGAAUCGUACACGUGCACUUUGACGUCAACGUCCCCUUUCAGGAUCGCAGGCGGGUCGUUCUCAAUAGGCUUGUCCAAGAGAAGCACACCAUUCUCACCAUUUGAUGGGGAGAUGGACGAGAUUCGCCUCUGGAAUGUACCUCGGACUCAGAGCGAAAUUCAAGCGGCGAUGAACCGUCCAUUAACCACCUCCGAAAUUACGAACACUGUGUUUUAUUACAACCUCGACAAUUACGACCCUGCUCGGGAAUUUUGGCUGACUGUAGGAUACUGGUCUUUCCAUAUAGUUGAGGUUGAAUCCGGACUCGGGGACGUUUUAAACAGUCUCCCACAACCGUUUCCCCCUUCUCAGGACUUAUCUGCGCAACGUUAUAAUAUGAAAAUGUCAAACACAAUACGAGGCGCACCGAAAUAUGUGCCGUCUACAGCCCCAAUCCGAGGGAGCAGCAUUGUCGCGAGUGUUACGAGGACAUCAGCGGCAGCAGGAUCAGCUCAAAUAUCGCUGGUACAACCAGGUGCUGCCUCUGGACUCACCAUCAGGCUUACAUCACUGCCGAGCUGUGGGAGCGGUAGCACCGUAUUGACGUUGCAAGCAUCUGGGGGCACUGCACUGUCCACUGUGUCCAGCACCUUCUCAGCCGACAAAGAAGUCAAUAUGAUAUCUCCCGCGGCUCCCAGCGGUGCACCAGUCUCGGACAUAUGUAGAUUUCAGUACACUGUGUCGGACGGCUCCACGACGUCCUCGGUAAUGACCGUAAACGCUUACGUCAAGACGAAUCGCAAACCCAUUGUAGGCGAUGGUGGCGGAGUCUUCUAUUGCGACGGGGAUGACUACGCAUACGCCAAGGAUUUUUCUUUCGAUACUGCGGAUUACGGAGAAUACAUGGGAUCCACUACCGGAAACGGACUUCUGAGUCUUGAUAUUACGCCGGUCUUUGAGCAAUGGAAACACAUGGCAAUCGUUUCAACUAACACAACAUUGCGGGUGUAUCUGAACGGCGAACUUCUUGGACAGAUCGCGAAUGUGCCGUUUUUCGGGAAGCGGGACGGGUUGUACUUGUGUCAUUGGCCAUUCUGGGGAAAUUACCACUACUAUAAAGGGUUCCUUGACGAGUUUAGAGUCUUCAAUUACGCGCGAAGCCGGAAUGAAAUCCAAGCCGACAUGCACACCAGUCUGACGGGAACCGAACAGGGACUCAAAGGCUACUGGAACUUUGAUCAGUAUGCCGAUGCCAUAGCGUUCCAACAGCCUUAUUCGCCAAACCGGUAUCUCAAGGAUUCAAGUCCUUUCAAAAACGACCUUGUCCCAGGUGGAUGUGUUCCCAAUAAGCUUCCUUAUUGCCCACUGGGUGCCGGGCAAUGCACAGCGACAGAAGUGCCUCAGGCAGAUUGCUGGGACAAGGAUGGGAGCACACAGAAAGCCGCGGCACUACCGGCGCUGUACCUGUCCAAUGCUCCCGUCGGAGGGUAUUUGGCCCCACUUCUGGUAGAGCCAGGCAUCAACACUACCGUGUCCUUAACGGCUUUCGAUCCUGAUGGUGACGUCCUGACGAUCAAAAUUGUCACUGUUCCGGAACCAGGCGCAUUCUACACGAGUAGCGGCAAGGCUGUAGCUGCUGGGGAUGAAUUUCUCGCGGGCACUGAGCUUACCUUUUACAAUCCCAACGAGUAUGAAGGCGGGAAGCCGGCAUCACAAAUUACUUAUCUCGUUUCCGACGGAUUGGACACGGCAUCCAAGCAAGCUACCGUGCCUAUACACGUCAAAUGUCCUCCUGGAACUUCCUUGAACCUUGAAACAAACCAUUGCGAAGACUGUCCACACGGCCAGUAUAUGCUAGGCAGCGGAUUCCAGAAUCAGUGUGUGCGCUACUCGAACUUUGUCUGGAAGUCUGGCCUCGGCGGAGUGGUCGCCGCUAUCAACACGGUGGCAUUGGCAUACGUGUGUGUCUUGGCCAUAGCGGUCAUCACAUACAGAAAGAGCAAGAUAAUUCGGGCCACCAGCCCUGGGUUCUCUUUUCAAAUUAUCUUCGGAAGCAUUCUUGGACUGUUGGACGUAUACACCUACAUCGACAUUCCAAAUGCCACUACGUGCAUUCUGCAGCCUUUGUUCGUUGCUGUUGGGUUCACAAUCGCGAUCGGGAGCCUCGUGAUUAAGACGCUACGUGUUCACAUCUUAUUCAACUUUCCUUUCACCGCCAAGCGGUUUCGCUGGGCCCUGCGAGACAGGUUCCUCUUCGCAGUCUCUGGAGCAGCGGUCGCAGUUGAUUGGAUCAUUUUGAUAGCCUGGUUCGCACAGGACAAACCUCGGCCGCAACUGCUAACGGAUGUUGGCGGUUCAUUGUACUGGGGUUGCACUUCGAAUGAUUCUUCUACUGCUCAAGCUUUCUCGACAACUCUGAUUGUGUACAACAGUCUUUGGUUGCUUCUCGGCAUUUAUUCCGCGGUUCAAGUGCGCAAUGUGAAAUCGGCCUUCAACGAAUCUCAGCAUAUCAUUAGCUGCAUCUACACCCUUAUGCUGGUUUCAGUCAUCCUUCUACCGAUGAACUACGCAGUCGAACUGUUUGGAUUUCAAGUCCGCAGCCUCUUCGUUGCAUUCCUGCUCAUUUUUGGCUCCGUCUUCGUAUCCACCCAGCUUUUCAUCCCGAAGCUCAUCGCUAUCAGGGCUUUGGAAACGCGCGACAAUAAAGAAGAUGCCGAUUCAGGGACACAAUCCAGGAAUAGGAGCCCAUCCCAUAAACCUUCAGCCAACGAUUUGGAGGACAGCAACCAAACAAACUCCUUUGGCGUUGAAAGCAUUUCGCACGAGCAGCAAAUGGAGAAAUGCAUGUGUUUAUCGGUCACGCUGGUUCAAGCUCAAAUUGGCACCGGGAUUCUUGGCGCAUUUUCAGCACAUUCGUUGUUUUAUCUUGCUAACGAAGGGGCUAUCAUUUUACGGAAGUAUCGACAAAGCACGUCAAAUUACUAUGUGUAUCAGCAAAACAGUGUGAAAACAGUCAACGAUACCACCAUCUCUCUUGCCACGCAAGAUGGUGAGCAUAUCAAACUCAGAUUUGGAGACAAAGAGCACAAAGAUGCUUGGAUGACCGCCUUGAAGGCCGGUGCAAAGGCGAUCGGCCCUAAAUCUACCGUAGCGGCGACAGCCAGUCUCCAGCCGUAG